GUCAAUUCUGCCGAUCGGGGAAGCGACCAAAGGAGCACUUUCACUCAGAGAGAGAGAAGGGGUUGAAUUGGCAGACACAUGGGCCAAACGGGGGCAGGGGCAGGGGCAGAGAUGCGAUUGUCAACGAGUUAGUGUUUAUGCAAGCAUUACGAAGGGGCCUCGUGCAGUAAGUAACUGGAACACGCGAAACCCAAUUUGCCAUCCGCAUGCAAGUUGGAGGAAUGGCCAAGGUCCAAACCAAACAAACUAACAGAAUGGUUGCUGAUGGGGGAGCCCAUUGGUUUCCACUCAUCGAAGUCCUCAACUCGCUCACUCCUGCUCUCUGUUACCUUCCUCAGCUCGGGCCCAACCCAAGCAAACCAAACCCAAGCCCAAGCCCAAGCACCCCGAUUACCCCAAGCAGAGGAAGCGAGCAUUUCAUCACACCUGUGCUCCAAGCACAAGCACAAGGAGAAGUUCACCCCGCACACUCGACGAGGGCAUGGCGUGGCGUGGCAUAGCAUCAAGCGCUUGACACCUUCGAUGGGAUGGAGUGAGUGAUGAUGUGAAUCCGCCGUAAAUGCCCACAGAGGUAUUAUCCUCGGGUACCCGCCAGCGUCGUGCAGUAGAGUAGGCAUCGAGAAAAAGUGGCAGCCCACCACCAAGUGGAUGCAGCAGCAGCAGCGGCGGCAGCUACUUGUCUCUCUCUCUCUCGCUGCGCUGGACGCCUACACUUUUUCGAGCUCUGAGCACAAACCAGAGCAGAGCAGAGCGGUGAGUAAACCCUCAUCGAUCGUCCUUGCAACGAAGGGUUGCACGACUGAAGCUUUCUCUUCUUCUCCUCAUCCUCCUCCUUCUCGUUCAAGGUCUGGGCACGGGUGGCGGCGGCAGCGAGUGACUUCCGGGGGCUGGCUAAUCUGCGGAGUGCUGCUACAGGUCGUCUAUGUUGUCUGAGGCGCUAUGGGAGCAGUAGGGCCAGCAGUGGGCAGAAGAUUUGAAAUUCCGGAUGAGGGAGGAAUUCAAAUGGCAUUUCGGGCAGGAAUUGGGCGAGCGAGGCAGUGGUCGAGCGAUGGAGUCGAGAGGAGGAGUGGCCACCAGCUCGCGCUGACAGCUCGAAGGAAGGGCGCAAGGAAUGAAUGCCCGUGACAGUGGUGCUUAGAGUCGAUCAAGGUGGAGUGAGUCGUCGGUUGUGGGCUGGGAGGUGUCUCCGAUGCGCGAUCAGGACCCGAGGGAGGCAUGCGCCGUCGUCAAAUGGACGACUUCUAGGCCCGUGGUGCCCGUAGCUUUGGAAGUGGACCGCUGAAGGAACCGAAUCUAGCACCUCUGGUGCUUGGCGCCAUUAAUUUAGGAAUGAGGAAUUUCUGUAUGCGUGCCUUUCACGGAAGCAUGGAGCUCAGUGUUCAGCUGCUCCCGUGAACUGGCCCACAUUCUGAUUCAGGUCCAAAAGUCAAAUCAGAGCCUGGGAUCAUGGUGUGCUGGACUUGGAGGCAGGGACGAAGCGAAUGAUGUCUUCGAUUUUGUAGGCUGUUGGUGGACUGUCAGUCAGGCAGACAGGAAUUGAAUUGCGAUGAAGAAGAGUCUGUUAUGGAAUUGGGGGCAGGGGUUAGGAGGGUGGUCUGUCAGGGUCGUGCUGCUGUUGGUGGUGCUGGCGCAGGGGAUGUCGCAGGUGACUGGACAGAGCCCUCCAUCGAGCAGCGGCGCAAUCGAGUGCCCUUUGAACUUCACGGUGUUGGAUUUGUAUCCCUAUGUGGCGGACAACGUGAAGCGAGUGAAUGCGGAGGACAUCCAGUGCACAGCAGCUCGAGCAGGGCUGGAGAUGGUGCUGGCCGUGUACUUACGAGAGACGGGCUACUUUCUGCCUCCUUCCGGCUCGGCCGAUCCUUGCUACGCGGCCUAUGAAGUGCAGCUGGUGAAGCAGGGCUUACCCAGCACCUUCAACCUGAGCCAAAUUUGCCCCGUGCAGCAGUUUCAUCUCGAUCGCACCGAUGACAUUUGCCAGGGCGUGCAAAAUGUCAGCGACUGGAACGCAGUGGUUCCUGUGGCUCAGCUCACCGAUGUCAACGCCUCGUGCGCGGGCUCUCUGGAGAACACUGCGAAUUGUGGGGUUUGCAGCACCGCCCAGACGAGAAUGGCGUCAGCUGUUCAGUCGGUGAGAAUCACCAACAACACCGUGGGGUGCCAGAAUUUCACCAAAGCUUUCGUCGCUGGCGUUGUCAAUAUUCCUGGGCCACUCGAUCCAGGCACAGCUCUGUGUAUUCUGUACAUCAGUCCUCCUGGAGAUGGCGGUAGUAAUGCACAUCUAGCAUACAUCGCGCUGGGAGUGGGUGCAAUUCUGCUCCUGAGUUUGAUCGGAGCUGCGAUCAUGCUCUGGAGGUACAGGCGGAGACAGCAAGAGAAGAAGGCCGCUCGGCAACGCAGAAACAUGGAAUUGAUGGAGAAGACGACGAAGCCCAACAGCACUGUCUUCAUGUACAGUCUCGAGGAUCUGAAGAAGGCCACGGGGAACUUCUCCAACGAGAAUCUGCUGGGCACUGGAGGCUAUGGGAAUGUGUACAAAGGCACUCUUGCAGAUGGAGAGGUGGUAGCAAUCAAGAGAUUCAAAAACUGCUCGCCUGCUGGGGACAGGGAUUUCGUGCACGAGGCGGAGAUCAUCAGCAGCGUGAGGCACAAACAUCUAGUGGCCAUCCGGGGCUGCUGUGUGGAUGGAGGAGGUGUUCUGGAUGGGCACCAGCGCCUGAUCGUCUUCGACUACAUGCCCAAUGGCUCAUUGCAGGACCACCUGUUUCCCAAACGGGGUGGGCCGAUUUUGGACUGGGCCUUGAGAACCAGGAUCGCCAUUGGCACAGCCAAAGGCUUGGCUUACUUGCACUAUGAUGCUCUCCCAUCCAUCAUCCACAGAGACAUCAAGCCCAGCAACAUUCUGCUUGACAGCGAGUUCAAUGCUCGCCUUGCGGACUUCGGGCUGGCCAAGUACAGCCCCGAGGGAGUCUCGCAUCUCACCACCAAAGUCGCCGGCACUUAUGGCUAUGUCGCCCCGGAGUAUGCGUUGUAUGGCCAGCUGACUGAUAAGAGUGAUGUCUACAGCUUUGGGAUGGUGCUUCUGGAGCUUGUUACAGGGAGGAGGGCUCUGGUGACAACCUCGGACGAUCAUCCUCCAAUCCUUCUGUCGGAUUAUGUGUGGCCUUUCGUCAAGCAGGGCAACUGGAAGUCGGUCAUCGAUCCCAAUGUGACUGAUGUUGUUGCAGACGAGGUGAUGGAGAGAUUCAUACUCACCGGGCUCUUGUGUGCCCAUCCUCAGGUUUAUUACAGGCCCAGUAUAGACCAAGCGUUGAAAAUGCUCGAGAGCGAUGUUGCAGUGCCUGAGAUCCCAGAUCGGCCGCUCCCUUUGACCUCGAACAUGGCUGAGAUCGAAGCAGCCCUGGGCCAUAGCGCUGGUUCCUCAUACAGCUCCGGGUCUAUGAGCAGGAGAAGUUUGCUUGUCCCGCCGCCAAAAUCACCCAAAUCUUAUCAAUCUCUGGCAGAAGAUGAGCCCUCGGCAUGCGAGCUUUCUACGCAGCCAAUGACAGAAAAUGUGUCCUCGCCAUCCAAGUCCCCUGCCCAAUCAUCGUCAGCUGUGGCUUCAAAAACUUCAUGAUUUGAGGUUUCCAUUUGCACCCUCUGACUUGCUCUCUGAGCACGUUCACCAUCGCCAUUCCUUUUGUCAUAUAUUUGGUCCAGAAGAAGCUUUCUGUCAUGGAAGGGUUUUUGAAUAACUUAGAUUUUUUGCCGUGAUUCCGGCAUUGUUAUGUAUACAAUUUUGAAAGCUUGACUCCCUGUUGUAUAUAAUGAGAAAUGUGGAUUCACCAACUUUGGACCUUGUAACAAAGUCCUGGGGACAAUGUGUGGGAAGUUGGCCGAUAUGUCAAGAAUCUGCAAAUGGAAUCCACAUUAUGGACCUUCUGGGCAAGGCAAGGAUUCCAUAAUCCCUGGGAGGCCCACGGUUAGAGAAAAUUUGUUCUUUGCUCUAGUUAAUCAGGGAGCUCAAGCCGGAACUUCUGACCUCUUUCCUCAUCUCAAGCAGGAAAUGUGGUAGCAGAGAGUUUACGACAGCAUUCUGUAGCAUACAUUUUGACUUUUCUGUAGUUGAAGUCGAGAAUUGUCUUGUGAAAUUGAUGUGCUGUACAUUAUCGAGUGUUUAGAUCCUGUUGCAUUGCGAGAUCAGUCUUUCUGCAAUUUUGGGCAGUAUCGAGCUGUAUCCUUUUGACUUUCAGAUACGCAUCAACUUAUAAAUCUACCGACUUCAUUACGGC